AUGAAAGUGCAAGUAGAGGUCGACACGAUCCUGUUCGACAUGGAUGGCACAUUGAUUGACUCAACACCUGCAUUAAAUGCAACGUGGGCCGAGUUUGCUAACGAGUACAAUUUGGACAUUGACUAUGUGGUAUGUGGCAAAACUCUGAACUUACAAAAGCUUCACUAUUCUCACGGACACCGCACUGUCGAGAAUCUCAAGCGAUACAUCCCGACUCUCGAAGAUGACGCACUUAUGAAAGAGGUGGUACGUUUCGAAAGUCGGAUUCUAGACAUUGCGAGAGAAAAUCUUGAGCGAUCUAAAUCCACUGGCCAGACCGAUGGCACGAUCAUUGCCAUGCCUGGUGCCCGUGAGCUCCUCGCACAGAUCCAGCAAGGUCGUGAGGCGAAUCCCCGGCGGCGCUCAGGCUGGGCAAUUGUCACAAGCGGUACGUUUUGCUCGUGCAUGUAA